AUGGCCCUUCUGGCCCAGGAGGUGGUCCUUCUGGCCCAGGUGGCGGUCCUUCUGGCCCAGGAGGUGGGGGCCCGUCUGGCCCAGGUGGCGGUCCUUCUGGCCCAGGCGGUGGUGGCCGUCCCCCUGGCCCAGGUGGUGGUCCUCCUGGCCCAGGAGGUGGUCCUUCUGGUCCAGGUGGUGGUCCUUCUGGACCAGGAGGUGGUCCUUCUGGCCCAGGUGGCGGUCCCUCUGGUCCAGGCGGUGGUGGGGGCCCCCCUGGCCCAGGUGGAGGUCCUUCUGGCCCAGGAGGUGGGGGCCCCUCUGGUCCAGGAGGUGGCGGCGGUCCCUCUGGUCCAGGCGGUGGCGGGGGCCCCUCUGGCCCAGGUGGCGGUCCUUCUGGUCCAAGCGGUGGGGGCCCCUCUGGUCCUGGAGGUGGCGGGGGCCCCCCUGGCCCAGGUGGUGGUGGGCGCCCCCCGGGCCCAGGCGGUGGCGGGGGCCCCUCUGGCUGGCCCAGGGGGCCCUCCUAUAGGACCAGGGGGUCGCCCACCAAUAGGCCCUGGGGGUCCUCCUGUGGGCCCUGGGGGCCCCGGAGGUCGCCCACCAAUAGGCCCGGGGGGCCCCCCCAUAGGCCCAGGAGGCCGCCCUCCCAUAGGGCCUGGGGGCCCCCCUACAGUAGGCCCUGGCGGUCGCCCACCAAUAGGCCCAGGGCGCCCACCAAUAGGCCCAGGGGGACCCCCAAUAGGACCAGGGGGUCGCCCGCCUAUAGGGCCCCCUAUAGGUCCAGGAGGACGCCCACCAAUAGGCCCAGGGGGCCCCGGAGGUCGCCCUCCAGUAGCGCCCCCUAUAGGUCCAGGAGGACGCCCACCAAUAGGCCCAGGGGGCCCCGGAGGUCGCCCUCCAAUAGGCCCUGGGGGUCCCGGAGGUCGUCCACCAAUAGGCCCAGGGGGCCCCGGAGGUCGCCCACCAAUAGGCCCGGGGGGCCCCCCAAUAGGACCAGGGGGUCGCCCGCCUAUAGGACCCGGGGGUCGCCCACCAAUAGGCCCAGGAGGUCGCCCACCAAUAGGCCCUGGGGGCCCACCUAUAGGCCCCGGAGGUCGCCCACCAAUAGGCCCUGGGGGCCCCCCAAUAGGCCCUGGUGGCCGCCCACCAAUAGGCCCUGGUGGCCGCCCACCAAUAGGCCCUGGUAGCCCCCCUAUAGGCCCCGGAGGUCGCCCACCAAUAGGUCCUGGGUUCCCCCCCAUAGGCCCAGGAGGUCGUCCUCCCAUAGGCCCCCCUAUAGGCCCUGGAGGCUGGCCACCCGUAGGCCCAGGGGGCCCCCCCAUAGGCCCAGGAGGCCGGCCACCCAUAGGCCCAGGGGGCCCCCCUAUAGGCCCAGGAGGCCGCCCUCCCAUAGGCCCAGGAGGCCCGACUGGAGGCCCCCCGGGGGUGGGGGGCCCCCAGAGGAAGGGGGGCCCCCAGAGGAGGGCCCCGAUGGCGGGGACUCUGGAGACGAAGGCGGGGAUGACGAGGGCCCCGGUGACCGCCCAGGAGGGGGAGGAGAACCAGAAUAUCCUGGAGGAGGUGGAGAUGAGCCAGAAUAUCCAGGAGGUGGUGGAGAUGAGCCAGAAUAUCCAGGAGGUGGUGGAGAUGAACCAGAAUAUCCUGGAGGUGGUGAUGAACCUGAAUCUCCCGGAGGUGAUGAACCUGAAUCUCCCGGAGGUGAUGAACCCGAAUCUCCAGGAGGUGGUGGUGAUGAACCAGAGUAUCCAGGAGGAGGUGGAGAUGAACCAGAAUAUCCUGGAGGUGGAGGUGAUGAACCUGAAUAUCCUGGAGGCGGAGGUGAUGAACCUGAAUAUCCUGGAGGUGGUGAUCAACCUGAAUAUCCUGGUGGAGAUGAACCAGAUUAUCCUGGUGGAGAUGAACCAGACUAUCCGGGAGGAGGUGAUGAACCAGAUUAUCCAGGAGGAGGCGAUCAACCAGAAUACCCUGGAGGUGAUGAACCAGAUUAUCCAGGAGGUGAUCAACCAGAUUAUCCUGGAGGCGAUCAACCAGAUUAUCCAGGAGGAGGUGAUCAACCAGAUUAUCCUGGAGGUGAUCAACCUGAAUAUCCUGGUGGUGGUGAUCAACCAGAAUAUCCUGGAGGUGAUCAACCAGAUUAUCCUGGAGGAGGUGAUGAACCUGAUUACCCAGGAGGAAGACCUGAAUAUCCUGGAGGGGAAAGACCAGAAUAUCCAGGUGGAAGGCCAGAAUAUCCUGGAGGAAGACCUGAAUAUCCUGGAGGCCAAAGACCUGAAUACCCAGGAGGAAGGCCAGAAUAUCCUGGAGGCCAAAGGCCAGAGUAUCCUGGAGGCCAAAGACCUGAAUAUCCAGGAGGAAGGCCUGAGUAUCCAGGGGGUCAAAGACCACAAUAUCCUGGAGGUCAAAGACCACAAUAUCCUGGAGGCCAAAGGCCAGAAUAUCCUGGAGGUCAAAGACCAGAAUAUCCUGGAGGGGAAAGGCCAGAAUAUCCUGGAGAUGGAAGUCCAGAAUCCCCUGGAAGUGAAGGGCGGGGGGGCCCCCCGGCCUCCCCAGAAGGGCCCCCAGAAGGUCCCCCAGAAGGGGGCCCCCCCGGGUAAGAACCCCCCCAGCAAGGCCAGCAGCAGUAUUCUCUUUGUGCCAACCCUCAGGCCCAAUGUUGUCUAUAAUGGAUCUCCUCGUUUUAACUACAAGAAGCCCUGGGGGUACUUUGGCAAGGGCUCCCGCUCCCGUUCGGGGCCCUGCAAGAGGUACCUGCAGCAAAUCGGCAGCGGGGCCCAAGAAGAAGGGGGCCCCCCGGGUUCUGAUGAGGACCUGGGGGCCCUCGUGGAGGCCCAGGAGGCCCCCGACGGCUGCCCGCAAGGGGACCCCCUCCUCCACGCCCAGGAAGAGGAGGGGGCCCCGGACAGGGUCCUGCAGAUUGUUCCCAACAGGAACUUCCCAGAAGAGGCGAGGCUGGGGCCCCUGGCAACGCCCCAGAGGGCCCCCCAGCUGUUCGCCAACAGGGGCCCCAUGAUUGUACCCAACUGGGGCUACCGAGAGAACUUCAACGUCGGGGGCCCCAUGGGCGGCGAGAGGGGCCCCCAAACGGCAGCAGCCAGCAACGAGGGGGGGCCCUUCGCCUCGUCCUUGAGCAUGCUACCCUUAGGGUCCUCAUUGGGGGCCCCUGCGCAGGGCACAGGGGCACCCCUCAUUGCCCCUGGGCUCCUCCGGGGCCCCCGCAGGAGGUCCCGGGAAAUGGCUUGGAGGGCCCGUAGGGGGGGGGCCCCCGACGGCGACGGGGUGGCCCCCUCGCCCACAGAUGUGCAGGCUGUGGCAGCAAAUGUGACCCGCUCAGUUAUGAUGCUGCCCGUGGCUGUGGGGGACCUCGUGACCAGGGCUUUCUUAGGAGAAAGAGGAAUAGUUAGCCAAGUUGGCCGAAUCUUUAGUCCAAUUGUGGGCCCCAGGGGGGCCUCAGGGGCCCCCAUGGCGAAUGAAAGGGCCUCUGACUUCAUGGGGGUAGCCUAG